CACUCACUGUGCUGUCAUUUGAAUACUGAUACACAGCCAGGCAGCACAUGCCCAGCACUUGCUGCAAACCAGGAAAUUGAGGGCAGGACAAAUGAAAGAGAAAAUGAAAGCAGCUGCUACAAUGAUACAGCUAAAAUACAGGUGAAGACACAUUUGCUGUAACCGUUAAAUUGAGGUACAGUGAAAGGUUUAUACCACCAUCAAAAUCGACAAAACCAGACAGGAAAACUGCAAGUUAUUUUUUCAAUAUGCAUCUCUUGGUUUUCAUCUCGCUCUUUUUGAAGUUACUUUUUUGUAUUCAGUUUUCUGAAAGCAGUAAUUCUGCUAACGAUAACUUGGCAACAAAUGGUCUUCCUUUUCCAUGGAGUAAAGUCCGCCUGCCAAACUACAUAGUGCCUGUCCAUUACCAUUUACUUAUUCAUCCCAAUCUUACCACCUUGAGGUUCAAUGCUUCUGUUAAGAUUGAGAUCAAUGUAAAAAACAACACUAAUUGGGUGGUCCUGCACAGCAAGAACCUUAAGAUUUUCACAGCCACUGUUUUGAAUGAAGAUGAGGCUCAUCUGUCAGAUAAGGUGCUGUCAGUGCUGGAAUACCCUCUACAUGAACAGAUCGCCAUCUUUUCCCCAAAGAUUCUGACCUCUGGCGAGAAAUACUUCCUUUAUUUGGAAUUUGGUGCACCAUUAAGUGAUGGGUUCUAUGGAUUUUAUAAGAGUACCUAUAAGACAAAAGAAGGAGAGAUGAGGGUCCUGGCAUCCACCCACUUUGAGCCUACAUCUGCCCGAAUGGCAUUCCCAUGUUUUGAUGAGCCCAUUUUCAAAGCCAAUUACACGGUCAAAAUAAGGAGAGGACCAUCACACAUUGCUUUGUCAAACAUGCCAUUGGAACAAACAGUGAAAAUUGAUAAUGGUCUUUUUGAAGAUCAUUUUGAAGUUAGUGUGCGAAUGAGUUCGUACCUGUUGGCCUUCAUUGUCUGUGACUUCAAAUGUGUUAGUGGAAUAACUGCAACCGGAAUCAAUGUUUCUAUUUAUGCAGUUCCUCAGAAAUGGCAUCAAAUGCACUAUGCUCUUGAGGCUGCUUUGAAGCUUUUGGAGUUUUAUGAAAAAUAUUUCAAUGUAUUUUAUCCGCUUCCAAAACUGGAUCUGAUAGCUAUUCCAGAUUUCCAGUCAGGUGCUAUGGAGAACUGGGGUUUGACUACUUACAGGGAGACCUCCCUACUGUAUGACCCUGACAUCUCAUCAGCCUCUGAUAAGCUCUGGGUUACCAUGGUGAUAGGACACGAGCUAGCCCAUCAGUGGUUUGGAAACCUGGUAACCAUGGAGUGGUGGAAUGACAUAUGGCUGAAUGAAGGCUUUGCACGAUACAUGGAAUUCGUCUCAGUUGAGGCAGUAUACCCCGAGCUUAAAGUUGAGGAUAACUUCCUGGAUACCUGCUUUGUAGCUAUUGGACGGGAUUCUCUAAAUUCUUCCAGGCCAAUUUCCAGUUUAGCCGAGAAUCCCACCCAGAUUAAAGAAAUGUUUGAUUCUGUGUCCUAUGACAAGGGAGCAUGUAUUCUCCACAUGCUGAGGCAUUUCCUGACAGACGAAGGCUUUCAGAGUGGCAUAAUUCGGUACCUCAGGCGGUUCAGUUACAGCAAUGCCAAAAAUGAAGAUCUGUGGGACAGCCUUAUAAAAACAUGUUCUGAGGAGGAUUUUACAGCAGGGGAACAUUGUUACAGCAGUGCUCAAGCCACCAAAAAUGCAUACCGUUUUGCUGGGGAACAUAUAGACCUUAAGAAAAUGAUGUACACAUGGACAUUACAAAAGGGCAUACCACUGAUCACAGUAAAGCAGCAAGGAAGAAAACUUUAUAUUGGACAAGAGCGCUUCUUAAAGAUAGUCCAGCCAGAUGAUCCCUCAUGGCAUUCACUGCAAGAUGGCUACCUGUGGCACAUCCCUUUGACAUAUAAAACAAGUCACUCAAAUCAUGAGAUGAAGCACAUCUUGAAUACAAAAUCAGAUGUGUUGACCCUGGAUGAAGAUGUAGACUGGGUGAAACUCAACACUGACAUGAAUGGAUACUACCUUGUCCAUUAUGAUGAGGAUGGCUGGGAUGCCCUGACGGAGCUCCUGAGAGUAAACCACACUGCUCUGAGCUUUAAGGACAGGGCCAGUCUCAUUCACAACGCUUUUCAGCUAGUCACUGCAGGGCGACUGUCACUAGACAGAGCUCUAGAUCUGAUCAGUUACCUGAAGUCAGAGAACCACAAUGUACCUUUACUGCAAGGGCUUGGCUAUCUACAGUCGUUUUACAAGCUGAUAGAGAAAAGGAACAUAGCUGAUAUUACUAAAAAUCUGAAGACCUACAUCUUGCGGUAUUUCAGAGAUGUAAUUGACAAGCAGUCGUGGAACUAUGAUGGAACAGCCUCAGACCGGAGACUGCGUGAAGAGGUUCUUUCCCUCGCAUGUGAUUUUGGUUAUCCACCCUGCUUGAGAAAAGCUAAACAACUAUAUGAUAGCUGGGUGGAAUCCAAUGGUACAAUCAGCUUACCCACUGAUGUGUCGAAGACAGUCUACAUGAUUGGAGCUCAGGGUGACAGUGGUUGGACCUACCUCCUGGAAAAGUAUGGUGUCUCCAUGUGUGAGACAGAGAAAAGCAAAUUUCUCUCAGCUUUAGCAAACAGCAAGGAUUCUGAAAAACUAUUAAGAUUAUUGAAGCUUGGAUUGAAUGAAACUGUGAUAAAAACUCAAAACUUACCCUCACUUAUAUACAUGGUGGCCAGAAAUCCAGUGGGUCAUUUUCUAGCAUGGGACUUUGUUAAGAAACACUGGAAUGAACUAGUGGACAAGUUUCCACUGGGAUCUUUUGGAAUCAGAAACAUAAUUGUUGGCACUGUAACUCAGUUCUCAUCCGCAGAGGAGCUGAGUGAGGUCAAGGCUUUCUUUAAGUCCGUCACAGAGCAGGUUUCUCAGCUGCGUGUCACACAGAUAGCCACAGAAAAUGUGGAGAAGAACAUUCUGUGGCUCUCAAGAAAUCUAGAGACCAUGAGGAGUUGGUUGCAGAAAAGACUGAACUCAAACUAGAACUACAGGCCAAGUAUUGUAGUCCUGAUUUUCACUAUGUGGGAUCAUCACAGAAAUGUAUGCUGUGAAAAUGUUGUACAGUUUCAUAAGCAAACCAAGCUCCACAUGACUUCACACUUUUUCUAUUGUUUUUAUUUCUUGCUUUUUCCAAUUCAGUUUAUGUUUUGAUGGUAUUAUUGGAAAAUAUUGGCUUGUAUGACGCAUGAUUUGUUUGCCUUUUUGGUUUUCUUAAAUAAAGGGGUUUAGAAACAGCUAUGCUUUUUUAAACCUCUGUUUUCUGUUUUUGUCUCUGAUUAGUCUCUUGACAGGUAUGUCUAUAGAGUCUUGCCCAGCAACAGCACUGUUUUCCUAUGAAACAGGAUGAAAGAUUUCCUUCAUCUGAAAAAUAAUAUUUUCUAGUUUUUAUUUUCUGUGUUAUGUACAUUGAUACCAUUUUAUGAAAGAAUCCAAACCAUGUAAAACAAAAACAAAAAAGCAUAUCAGCAGUUAUGUAUCAGCAAGUAUACAUAAAAUGUUGUUCAGCAGUCACAGUUUGGGCUAUCUUUGUUAGUAUUGAUUGUUUUUUUCUUUUCUACCAACAUUGCUUUAUGCUGGUUUAUCAUGCCUAGUUUGGCUAUCACAGUUUUUUGGAAAUACUGAAUUGUUUCAAUACACUUUAACUAUACUACCGGUAAAAACGUUUUGAAACACUCAUUCUUUAUUAUAAUAUUUAUUUUAUUUUUUUCACAUUUUAUAAUAAUAUUAAAGUCAUAACUAUGGAAUAAUAUAAAUGGAACUAUGAGAAUUAUGUUGUGACUAAACAAAAUCCAAAAUAAAUAAAAACUGUGUAACAUUUUCUUAAUCAACUUCUUGAGGUAUCACCCUGGGAUGCUUUUUUAAACAGUAUUGAAGCAGUUCCCAUCUAUGUUGGGCACUUAUUGGCUGCUUUUCUUUAUUAUUUGGUCCAAGCCACCAAUUUCCCCAAAAAAUGUUGUAUUACAUUUUAGUUUUAUAGUGAUAUAAUUUAUAAUAGUUUUAUAACCUUCAGAUCAAAAGAUUUUGAGAAACAUUUCAGUCAAGUGUUUCAAAACUUUUGACUGUUAGUGUAUGUGAUCACAAAGUACCAGCAGAACAUUCUGCAAACAGAUCGCUAUAAACGUCAUUAGGUUUGCUUUACAUUAGAUUUGUUUUCUUCGUUAACUGCAAUGAUGGAAACAUUGCAUUUAGUUUGGUUAAAUCACGUUUCAAUAUACAAAAAAAAAAAAAUCUAUUUGCUUUUCAAGUACAUUUAUCUCGCUGUAAGAAUAUUUCUUUCGAAAACAAGGCAAAAAAAAACUCAGUUUGACAAUGAUUUUUAUUUUAGUUUUUGCAGCAUAGACAUUUCCAUCCUCUGUCACUUCUAUGUGUGAAUAUAUCUGAUGUUGUCUUAAUAGAUAAAUUUUUUUAUCACACUUUAAAAAAAAAAAAAAACACCCACAUGCAUUUGUUAUUGUGCAUUUUUCUUUCAUAGACAUUUUGGUAACACUUUACAAUAAGGUUCCUUUUGUUAACAUUUAUUAGAAUAGAAUCCUUUAUUCACACAUUAUACACAGUUUUUUGCAUAUAUACAGUGAAAUGUAUUCGUUUUCACAUCACUAAGCUGUGGUCAGAGAGCAGGAUCAGCCAUGAUACAGCGCCCCUGGAGUAGACAGGGUUAAGGGCUUUGCUCAUAGGCCCAACAGUGGCAUCUUGGUGGUGCUGGGGCUUGAACCCCUGACCUUCUGGUCAAUAACCCUGAGCCUCAACUGCUGAGCCACCACUGCUUAAUCAUAGUUAAUGUUAGUUAAUAAAAAUGCAAUUGCAUUGUUAGUUCAUGUUAGAUCAUAGUGCAUCAAUAAUGUUAACAGGAUUUUUUUUUUAUGUAAGACUAUAUUAUGAAAUUAACAUUAAUGAAUAAAUGCUGUAAAAGUAUUGUGUAUUGUUCAUUGUAACAUUGGAACCAUAUUGUGAAAUGUGACCAACAUUUUUAACCCUCUUUAAUGUAUUUGUAUGAAUAUAUCUAGAGCUGUAUUAAUAAAUUAUUAAU